AGCAAGCUACUGAUGGCAGUCAAGCUACAGAGAGCUGGGCCGUGUACAUGGAAGUUUGUGACAUUGUCAAUGAAACAGAAGAAGGACCUAAAGAUGCCAUCCGAGCAUUCCGCAAAAAGCUGUCUCAAAAUGUUGGGAAGAAUUACACUUCUAUUAUCUACUGUCUUACAUGUAUUGAAGCUUGUGUGAAAAACUGUGGUCGCCGCUUCCACAUUCAAGUGGCCAACAAAGAUUUCCUCCAUGAUCUUAUUAAGAUAAUUGGACCAAAGAAUGACCCACCUCUAAUUGUCCAGGAGAAAGUUCUGAGCAUGAUUCAGACCUGGGCUGAUGCAUUCCGAGGUAUUCCCGAACUAAAGGAAGUGGAAAAGGUGUUUUUGGAGCUGAAGCAGAAAGGAAUUGAGUUUCCUGCAGCUGAUUUAGACAACAGUGUACCUAUUCAUACACCAGCCAGAAGUGUCCCAGAGCGGCAAACAGCACCAGUUCUUGAUGUUUUAGAUGGUGGAAUCAGAGGGCCCGCUGGCCCUCCUGUUGGUUACCCUCCUGCAGGACACCCUCCCGCGGGACACCCUCCUGCUGGAUAUCCCCCAGCUGGUGUUGUUGGACCUGGAGGUGGCGCCCUCAACCCAGACCAGACCACAAAGUUGAGGCGUGAGCUGGAGGUGGUGCAGGGCAAUGUUCAUGUGAUGAGCGAGAUGCUUACGGAGUUGAGUCCUGGCAACGUCAGUCCUUCAGACUUGGAUUUACUACAGGAGCUGAACAGAACCUGCAGACAGAUGCAGUCACGUAUUGUGGAACUGUUGAACAGAAACGCACCAGAGGAGAUCACAAGUGACCUCCUGCGUGUCAAUGAUGACCUAAACAACGUAUUCUUACGCUAUGAACGUUUUGAGAGGUAUCGUACGGGUCAGAGUGGUCAGGCUACUACACCCCAGGACCAACAGCCACCUUCACCUGGCCAGCUUCCUGCAGGCGCAACACCAGCUGUAGGAAAUUUGAUUGACCUUAGUGAUGAACCCGUCACACCAACCCAGAGUGUGACGACACAGAUGGCAGGAUUAACUGUAGGAAACAGUCCGCCAGUCAACCCAGCAGCACAGAAUCGUCCAUUUUCUGAUGAGUUUGAUGCUCUUGCUCAGUCCAGACAGAUCGGGGAUCAGAUCACACCGCAUGUGGCUGGAGCGAAUUUCACCUCACCUCCGACGAAUACACAUACUAAUGGCCUGGCAGAAACGCACAUUUCUGAUGAGAAAACUCUUGAGUUGCAGGACAAAGAAACCGAUUAUGAUGAGAUGGAGCAGUGGCUUGCAACCCAUGGCCAGGGGGUUGCAGGGGGUAACCCACAGGGACCUGUUACUAGAAUGGAAUUUGACAAAUUUUUGUCUGAGAGGGCAAAUGCAUCUGAUGACUUACCAACUAUAUCAGCACAAACAGGACAACAACCUGCAAGAAACUCACGGACUAUACAGAAGACAGACCAAGAUGAAAAUCCACUAUUUGCUUUGUGA